CCGCCGUCGAUGAUCCAACCAUGGAGACCCCUUCAUCACACUCACCUUUUGAGCCCUGUCUCAUGCCACUCAUACCAAGUCCCGUGCUCAGGAAGAUAAUGAUAUCAACUUUACGCCCGUCGCGGAUCCAUCAUCCCAGUUCGAUGUUGCCGGCGACGACGGCAAUCAGCCCAUUUCUCGCAUGCCACUGAAUGCCAUUUCUUCCCCGUUGGAUAGCCGCUAUCAUGAUGGCUCAUUUUAUGAAUUUGGAACAUCUACAGCAACACUCCAGCAGCACGCAUCCGCGCCUUGCUCACACAUCCAUCACAUUCGUCCUGCAGAAAAUAUCCUCUUACAAGACCCUUUGCAUCACAAAUUUCGGAUGCGGACUCCGGCUGUGGCAUCUCGUUUUACGCCUCCUACUCCAAGCGUAAUUCGGGACAGCCUGAAGGAUUUGUUCUCUCAUGCCAGGCAUGAGCCUGGGGACAUGUCACAGAAGUCGGGACCGCGUAGCAACAGUUUUGGUGUCAGUGAGAUUGUCAUUGCCACUGUUGUUACUCGUGCAAGAGUACGGUAUAAAGGCAAAGGACAAGUUUCAGUGAUGAUGAUAAACCCAAACUCUUGCCUUAACUUCGGCUGCCCCGUUCUGUUUUACUCCAGACUCUCCAUUAAAGACCUCAGGUUUAAGAACAGAAGAUGUUACCCUCUUCCACUCCGGGACAAUUACCACUGGAAAGUUCCUCAUCUCAGGAUAGUGCUGAGGCACAGACACGCGAGGCAGAUGUCACUCCCGUGCAAGAUAGCCUCGCCAAUACGAACUACACCGAAAUGAAGGCCUCAAGACCUCUGGAAAGCAGCGGCCUGUGCACGCCAAUCCCUUCUCCGUCGCGUGCUAAAUCUCUUCCUUUACGCACCCCGGCACCCCCAGAUGCACGGAUGUCGACCCGAAAGCAACCCACGAUGAUUUCGGAAAUUAGAUCUCACAAUGGAUCUACUGAUCAAUUCAAGUUUGGUUCUAUCAGAAGGAGAAAGAGCACCAUCAAAGUGCGCUUUGGUGUAACGAAAUCAGAGGAGUCAACUGCUGAAGUCGAACAUCAAGAAUCAUCUGUGACUACAGUGCGCAUAUCUGCGCCUGACUCUGCGCCUAAUGGUCACGCAUCACGGGUGGAGGGCGUCCCCAAAGAAUGGACCAAUGGUUCCUCUCAAGGUGAUGCCGUAGACUGUUUGGUCCCAGCUAUGCCUGUCGCUCCUGGGGGCCGUAUGACACCCGCAUCUCG